UUUCAACGCUUCCUUCUAUAUCUACGCGCCAACCCCAAUCCCCAGUAUUCCUACUCUCGUCCCUAUUAUUCUACCUCGAAAACCCAACCUCAAUCCACUAAUUUUAAGGUUCUUGUGUUUUUGAAUUAUUAAACUUGCUUAAAUCCUGAUUUGGUUUCGCAGGUCGGGGAAAAAAGGGGAGACUUGAAACAAAAAAAAAGGGAAAAUAGUGUCUGGGUCCUCCUUAUAUUUUGUCUCCAUUCGCUGUUCUUUUGAUUUGAGGUUGCUGGGUGGGUUGCUUUUAGCCAUUUCGGGUUCUCCGCAAUAAUCAAUCUCCUCGAGGUUAUCUUUCUAGUCUGUCUGUCUGUCGAGUGUCAAUGGAGAAUCUUUGAACUUCUCUUGAAACGGUGCGUUUCAUACUUUUCCGCAAAGGUAUUUUGAUUCGUUUCGAACACUUGUUAAAAAGACUGGCUUUUGCUUUUUUUUUUUUCUCUGUUCAUCUUCAUUCCGUUCUGUGUUCAUCAUAAGGUUUGAUCGAAUUCAUCGAUCUAGAGGGAGUUAAGAGAGCAGUGGUUUAGCUAAGCUCAGGGUACUCUAUCUAGGGUUUAGUUUAGCCUUUGAUCAUGGCAAUGGUGGAGAAUGCUUCUCAGGAAACGGCGGUUAUUAACGGCGACGGUGAUCAGCUGGAGAGUAACGGCGGUAACAAUCCGAUGGCGGCGGACUCCCAUGGCUUGUACAUGAAAGUCCAUCCUUUCCAGGCGCACGGUAGCAACAAGCAGCUGCACAAGUUGGAUGAUCAACCGCCGGUGAACGACGGCGGCAGCAGCAGCGGCGGAGAGGUGGAAGUGAACGGCAGUGAUAGUGGAGAGGAGGGGCUAAAGAGGGACAUGAGGGAGCUGGAGGAGAUGUUCUCUAAACUGAAUCCCAUGGCUGAGGAAUUUCUCCCUCCUUCUAUGGCUAACAAUGGCGGCUUCUUUUUCAUGAACUCCGGCAAGGGUGUUUCCAAUGGACGGCGGAAUAACUAUAAUAAUCAAGGAAAGAGAAGAGUGAAUAGCAGGACAACUAUGGCACAGAGGGAAGAUGUUAUCAGGAGGACUGUUUAUGUAUCUGACAUUGAUCAUCAGAUUACGGAGGAGCAGCUUGCAGGUCUGUUUCUUGGUUGUGGCCAGGUUGUGGACUGCCGCAUAUGUGGAGACCCCAAGUCCAUCCUUCACUUUGCUUUUAUAGAGUUCACUGAUGAGGAAGGUGCACAUGCUGCUCUCAGUCUUUCGGGGACCAUGCUGGGAUAUUAUCCCGUGAGGGUUCUGCCUUCUAAAACUGCAAUUGCUCCGGUGAACCCCACAUUUUUGCCUAGGAAUGGGGAUGAAAGGGAAAUGUGUGCAAGAACAGUUUAUUGUACAAAUAUUGACAAGAAGGUUUCUCAAGCUGAUGUUAAGCUUUUCUUUGAAUCCAUUUGUGGAGAGGUUUAUCGCUUGAGGCUGCUUGGAGACUAUCACCAUUCCACCCGUAUUGCCUUUGUUGAAUUCACAAUGGCUGAAAGUGCGAUCGCUGCUCUCAACUGUAGCGGGGUCAUUCUGGGCUCACUGCCUAUCAGGGUAAGCCCAUCAAAGACACCUGUGCGCCCACGAGCUCCUCGCCUUCAAAUGACUUGAUCGAUUCAGCAUUUCCACCAUCACUACUGCCAUCUAUUUGGAAUACCAUCUUUCUGCAAUGUGUAAAGAAAUUGUCUUUUAUUUCAUAUACAUAUGCUUCCUUCUGUCUUUUGGGUUAAUUAUUGUGCAAGGAUAAGCUUUAUCCUUAAUUAGUAGUAGUUGCAUUGCAUUUCAUGUUUUGCUUAUUGUAACACGCUGUAGAGCUGGUUUGAACUUUGAGGCUAUGGAAGCAUGAUAUCAUGAUUUUGCCUUGCAUUA